AUGAUUCAAAUAAAUUGUUAAUAUGAAUUUGUAUGUAGAGAUGAUGUGGAGUAUGUUUCUUGUGAAAGUUACAACUUGGAAAUAAUAAUUGGAGAGCUCUUUUUGUAUUAGGAAAUAAAUUUAUAAAGGGUCAACGGUAGGUAAAUGAUCAGAGAAUUCCAGAUAGUGUAAAGGAAUCUUUGUACUUAGAAUAAUAUUAUGAUUUUGUAUUUCGGAAAAUGCUUUAAUCAGAAUGAAUUUUAGGUUAUUCUUUAUAACUCAAGAAAAUAUUAAUUUUAUGAGUCCUCACAUUAUUGA